AUGGGAAAAAGUAUCGGCCGGAAUCGAGGCCGGCCGCAGGCUCAUAAGGAUCAGAGAGUGGGGAAGCCUACUUUGAAGAUUGGGUUUUGGCAUGCAAGCCCCAAUCGGUUGGUACCAGCUCGCCUUCGAGGGGGGUGGGUAGAGUUUGCUGUAGAAGUGACAAAUGGCGCUCAGCAUAACAACCGAUCUGGCCAGUCCGUGCAGACCGGGGAGCCGGUCGGGAUCCGCUAA